UGCAGCGCGCCCCCCACCCCCACACCCUUUCCCCGCCUCAUCCCCUUCUCGUGCCGCCGCCGCCGCCGCCGCCGCUCGCCACCACCCUCCGCCGACCCACCCACCUUCGUCCGUCCCCGGCGCCGGCGGAUACGACGGGGAGCAGCCCCCUUGCCGUUCCUGCGCGGGCAGCAGCCACGACCCGAUCCGCUUGCGCCCUACCCUACUGGAUAAAGGCAAGAGUUCUGUUGGUGCAUUGAGAAGUGACACUGCAUUUUUGUUAGAUAAUAGAUGAGGCGAGCUCGGAGGCGUACGUGGCUGGGAUGACUGAUGAGGGAUGAUAGUGACAUUGAUGAACUUUCUACGGGCGUGUUGGAGACCUUCAUCCAACCGGCAUGCCCGGACAGGCUCAGAUGCGACUGGUAGGCAGGAUGGACUUCUAUGGUACAAGGACACUGGGGAGCAUGUAAAUGGCGACUUCUCCAUGGCUGUUGUCCAGGCCAAUAACCUACUUGAGGACCAGUGUCAGAUUGAGUCGGGUCCAUUGAGCUUUCUUGACUCUGGCCCAUACGGCACUUUCGUCGGGGUUUAUGAUGGGCACGGUGGACCAGAGACAGCUUGCUACAUCAAUGAUAACCUCUUCAACCAUCUUAAAAGGUUUGCUUCGGAACAAAAUUCAAUGUCUGCUGAUGUACUGAAGAAAGCAUAUGAAGCUACAGAAGAUGGAUUCUUUUCUAUCGUCACCAAGCAAUGGCCUGUCAAGCCUCAAAUAGCGGCUGUUGGCUCAUGCUGUCUGGUUGGUGUUAUUUGUGGUGGCAUGCUUUAUGUUGCCAAUGUGGGGGAUUCUCGUGCUGUUUUAGGAAAACAUGUUAAAGCCACUGGAGAAGUAUUGGCGGUCCAACUUUCAGCAGAGCAUAAUGUUAGCAUUGAGUCAGUGAGAAAAGAAUUGCAGUCAGUGCACCCUGAAGAUAGGCAUGUUGUUGUUCUCAAGCAUAAUGUUUGGCGUGUCAAAGGCCUAAUUCAGGUCUGCAGAUCGAUCGGUGAUGCCUAUCUGAAAAAGCAAGAGUUCAAUCGGGAACCUCUGUAUGCAAAAUUCCGUCUUCGUGAACCUUUUAACAGGCCCAUACUAAGUUCAGAACCAUCCAUUUGUGUGCAACCUAUACAGCCACACGAUGAAUUUCUCAUAUUUGCAUCUGAUGGACUUUGGGAGCACUUAACCAACCAGGAGGCUGUUGACAUUGUUCAAAGUAGCCCUCGUAGUGGAAGUGCUAGGAGGCUCAUAAAAUCAGCUUUGCUAGAAGCAGCCAAGAAAAGAGAGAUGAGGUAUUCCGAUCUCAAGAAGAUCGACCGAGGUGUCCGUCGCCACUUCCACGACGACAUAACCGUCAUCAUACUCUACCUCGACUCGAGCCUCGUAAGCAGGGCGAGCACCUACAGGGGCCCUGCUGUUUCUCUAAGAGGCGCCGGCGUGAGCCUGCGCAGCAGCACGCUCGCACCUUACGGGUCGCAGAUGUAACAGGUGUCAGCGGUGUUGGCCAUGAUCAUCAUCCCCUUGAUUCAUGGUUAAGAAAGAAUGGAGAGGCACAAGAAACAUAAUCGCCGACAUAGUAAUGUAUGUACUUCGUUUGGAGAUUGACCGAGGAAGAAUAGGUAGGUGUCGUUUGUUGUGCUGCUGCUGAAACGGCAGAUGUCUCUUGUUGUUGGUCGCCUUGCAGGAAUUUUUAAUUUUAACAGUAGUGCAUAUAUGAUAUGGUAAAAUAAUGGGCCCAGGAGGAGUAACUUGUUGACUGAUGUCGUGGACUCCGUACAUAUGUAUGUAUGUAUGUGUGCUAUUCUGACUCUGUUAUUUAUUUAAUUAUUUAUUGACCAAUGUUGGUUUCCACUGGCA